AUGGUUCCCGCGUCUGCCGUAGGGCAAACAGUGGCUGAGUCUCUUGUGAUCUGCCGUUGGGGCGACGGUCGAGAGCCGACGGAAAAUAGCGCCAGCACAGUCAUCAUCUUCAGCCCUAAAAACAAUGCCGACAAGUGUUUUGCUUGACUUUCCUUUGUCUCUCGUCGUGUUUCUUGAAAAAAAGUAGUUUCGGUGGGGUUUGAGCACAAUUUCGAAAAUUGUGUUUUGAUAAGGGUAAAAAUGUUUUCGCUGGGCUAUUAAAAAAGGACUUUCGAGGAUUAUGGAAAUUACAUCAUUUUUUUAAUAACUGCAUUUUGCAAAAAUUUCUUUGUAGGUUUUAACAAGGAAACGGUUUUUUGGCCUCCGUUGAUUUCAAUGAAACUUGGCUGAGAUAAAUACGCUUUGAGACUUCAGUAGAGAACAAGAUAAAAAAAUUUACAAAAAAAUAAUGGGAAGAAACGAUAUUUGUGUAGUUUGAAACCUCCUAACUCGGAAAAAAAUAUCUAUUGAGAACUUUUUUUCUUCUUUUUUUCUGAAAUCAGGAGGCCUUGAAUAACGUUACAGCCAAGUUUUAUCUAAAGUACAACCGGGGACAAAAAAUGUUCCUAUGUAAGAGAACUUCUCUGAAGACUUUUUAGUUCAGGAAACAAACUAAUUUUUGUAAUUUUUUUGUUGAAAUUUUUAAGAGAUUAAAUAUAAAAAAAGCGUCAUUUUUUUGAAUUCUUCUAUCGCCUUUGCUUUUUUUCGCUAUAUUUUUAAUUGGUUCCCAAUACAGUAGAGCAAAGCUCAACUCCCAUUUACGAAAAUAAUGUAUUGGGAUAUUUUUGAUUCAAAAAGUUUUCUUCCCUGUUAAUAAGGAGUUUCUUAUUAGCACCAAAGCUACAGAACAUUUUUAAAACUGACUGAAAAAAUUAUACUAUUGUUUUUCAUGCAUGAACGCUCCAUCGAGCCUUUGCACGCUUCGUUGCCCCUACUGAUAGGCGAGGGUUGAGAAUCGGCAAUGAGAUUAACUCUAAAAACAGCUAAUUUGCCCUCUUAUGAUAACUGACGCACUUCCUCUUAUUCUCCACUUCUUAGCCCUCCCAAACAACAAAGUCAAAAAGAAGUGGAAUGAAUGGCAAAUGACGGUCGUCAGAGCAACGAGCCGACGCGUAGGUUUUCCCAUAUCGGGACGUUUAAGCAAGUGUCCCCUGCAGGCAUAUAAUAGCGCUUCCGGGCAUCGAAAUGCCAUUGUCCGGCGGCGUUUAGGAAAAGGAAACGUCCACUCGGAGGUCCGGCAAUUUUCCUCUCGCUUGACCACUUCGCUACAACUUUAUUAUUUUUUCUGCGAUGGUGAGGACCUACGCCUUCAAUGCGUCUCUUCAAUCUUACCAGGUUAUUUUUGAUUUCUCAACAGUGAAAAUAUUCAAAACGUAGAAAAAAGAGGCUAAAAAUAUCAGGUUUUUUUUAAAUUUUGCAGUUUUCAACGUUAUCUUUUCUUAACUCAUUGAAAAGGAAAAUUUUUAGUGGCCACUAUAGAGGCUCGCCAAGGACUACUUGGAGUAGAAACUAAGGUGGCCACUAAUCCCACCUCUAUAGUGACCAUUAUUUUCCGUUUUAGUGACCACUAUAGAGGUUCUCUGUUUAGUGAACACUUCAAUAGUUUUCAUUCAGUAUCCCUUCCAGUACAUCUGAUAAUUUUAAAACGAACACUUUGGACCAGUUAUGUUGAGUCAUCGACCCCUAAAGUGACCACUCAAAUAUUUAGUUGUCUAGUAGUAGAACUUAGAUUCCCAAAGUGUCAACUAAUUUGACCACUAUAGUGGCCACUAGAACGUCAAAAGCCUACAGUGGCCACUAAGAAUUUCCCAGGAAAUUGAAAAAAAGCAAGGUUGUAAAAAGGAAAACUCGUGAAGGAAAAAAAGGAACUUUAGAAAACUUGAUUUUAAUCCUGAAAAUAAGGCCGAUUGUAUCGGUAAAAUUAGAUUCUAUGCCUCUCCAAACUCGAAAAUGUUGUUAUUCGAAUGAAAAAAUUUAAAAUAAUAUGUAUUUCUAAUCGCUAGCUAGAUUUCUUUUUCUUGGAAGAGACGAUGGCUGAGAAGUCGAAAAAAGCUUUGUCGUAGAAUUGAAGUUUUUCAGCGUGAGCUGCAGCGAUCGGCAUUCCCUCCACAACGUACUUCGGCCUCAGUUCCUCCACCAGAAAGACCCAAAUCUCCACAAAGUCUUCCUGAUCCAAUCAGAUGGAGACAAGCUGCUGAAUCGCCUCAAGUUCAAAGGCCACUGGAGCCAGAUUACUCGAUGAAUCAGCAAUUGUCCAACUAUUCGCCGUUUCACUCGCCUUUGAUUGACCCCGUCGGCUCGAUUGUCGGCCUUCGUCUUCUUUAUGUUGAUGGCAAACUUGCCUACGUUCCUGUGGAGCCCCAAAUCAACUACCUCAUCAAUCAACAGUUUGCCUUUUCUGUGAGUUUUGGUUGAAUAUCGAUUUGGGACCUAUUUUGGCGCGCGGUUAAACUUUUGAUGAAAAUUUGUUGUAAGGUACUUUAAGACCUCCUGAUUCCAAAAUAAGAAAAGGAAAUUGUUUGCAAUAGAUCAGGUUUUGAUUUUUGAGGUUUCAAAUUUUGAAAAAAACACAAAUUGUGGUGAAAAAGCGCGAUUUCAAGCUCUGAGAGUCUUAACUCCAUAACAGGUCUAGUGGGAGAAAACUGUUUUUGUUUUGAAGUAGAGUCAAAAAUGGACUCAUCUGAGAGAAUUUUGAUUUAAAAUGUGCGCCUAAAAACAUUUCAUCAGAAAAUCAGGUCAUGUGCGUUUAAAAAUAUCUGAGAUUUUUGUAACAUUGUAGAAAAUUUUUUUUUGACUUCCCGGCAUUUUUGUGAUCACUAAAUGGUUUUUUUAAGAACCACAAACCUCCAAUAACUCAACAAUCAACUGGUAUUCUUCCUCCUUGGGUUCUCGAUCCUUACAGAGAGAGCUACGCCAGAGACUUCUACAAUAAUAACAAUCAAGUCAUCCACAAAGUUAGAAUUAUCAUCCAUCAGAAACUAAAUACAUUUUUUUCUCAGCAAAACACGUUUUCCACAGUAUCUUCAACAAGCGACAGCUCUCAAGGGACUUCUACUGAUAGCAGGAUACAACCUGAUUAUCAUUAUCAGCCUCAGACCCAACCACAACAAAACCAGCAAAGAAUGGUUGAGGUUUGAGCCAAAUAAUCCAACUAACUUAUCUAAAACAUACUUUUUAAAGCCCGAACCCGUUCUUCAGGCCAAAUCUCAUCAUGGAAGUAUGCCCAAUCUGACCAAAAAUAGGUAGUUUCAAAAUAAUGUUUAAUAAGGACCUUUAUGUAUUUUUAGCGUACUUUCCAGCCAGGAGCAGCACAAACUGGAACUUCAGAUGCAGAUAGAGGAAAACAAAAGAAGGAAACAGUUGGAAAAACAGAAGGAGAUCGAAGAAGAGCAGCGGGAAAUUCGAAAGUUCGUAAUUAUUCUGUCCAGAAGCAGUGAAGCUCUUGGAAAAAUUCCCAAAAGCCAAAGUUUCAUAUAUUUUGAGCUCGAAUUUUUUAAACCAAUAAAUUAAUCUCAGUCGAGCGUUUCUUUUAUUUUUCUUUUCAAAAUGCCCACGUCAGGAAGUUUUGUCUUUGAGCUACAGUUUUCGACAAUCAGAGAUUUCAUAAUCUCUUCUUUUAUUUAAAAAUUGACCAGGAGAGCUCAAAAUUUUUUAAGAACGCUCCUCUUUUCGAAUCUGUAAGAACGAGGAUAUCGGAAAUUGAUUUUAGUUCAAAACUUACUCCUCUUCUCCAACUCAGAACCCUAUUAGAUACUCCAAAAAUCAAAGGCCUAUAUUUUUUCUUGAGGUAAAAGCCAGACGCCGAAAUUAACUUUACAUCUAGUUUUCACCUUUAUGAGUUCAACAAACUACUCCAAAAGUCGAAAAUCAGUACUUUCUCCCUAAAAUAGCCGAGAACUUUAGGGGUCCUUAAUAGACAACAUUCCGCUUGAGCUGUUCCCUCAAUCAUCCUUGAUUUCUGCCCACAUCUCCGUGCCUUUAUUCAAAUUUGUUUACGAAACAACUCAAGCUUAACGGUCAGCAAAUCCAAUAGUCACACUUAAAAUGAACCGAAGAUCAGGAGAAAAACAAAUAAACAAGACCUGUCAAUCUGAUUGAAACGCAAUUUAAAUUGUUUUCAAAGAGACGCCUACGUUUUUUUAUUCAGAUGGGAAGAGUACCAAGCUCGUCUCCAGCGCGAAGAGCAAAUGGAAAAGGAGAAAAGUCGCGAAAAAGCUCAAGCUCUCGAGCGAAGAAGCCAGCAAAUUUAUCAAGAGCAGCAGGUUGGGCUAUUUUUGAAAUUGAGGAACAACUCCUGGAAUUCUUGGAGUCGGUGAGUUUCUCGUUUUUUUGAUGAAAUUUUUAAAAAAAUUUCCGAUUUUUUUGACGAAUCUUUGCUCAGAAAAAAACUAGAAUACAUAGAUAAAUUUGUGUUUUUUUGCCAAAUAGAUUUCUCCAGUGAGGAAAUGAAGCUUCAGGUUUUUUUAACUUAAGUGACUUAUGAUAAUUUUUUUCAUCUUUAAGCGUGGUCAUAAAAAGUUUGUUAUCAUUCCAAUUUUUAAGAAUUUCUAUUACCGGAAGCCCUAAAAAACCGUCAAAAAUUUUUUUUAGGAAGAACUACGCUUAUCAAAGUUGGCUAAACAACGUGCAGCCGCCCCUCCUCGUCCACCCUCUCAAGGUUCUUUUUUAAUCCCUUUUUCUAUAUGUUCCGACUGAGGCACUUUCAGAGUUUAUGGAGAAACCACCAAGUCGACCUGAUUCUGCUGAACCGAGAGGACUCGAAUGGUGGGAGAAGAAGCCGACGUGGCAGCAGAAAGUGAAUUCCAAAUGAGAAGAUUGGAAAAUGAAAAUUUUUCAGUUGAUUGAUGAAAGAAAAAGUGCUGUGAUACCUACACAUCGAGGAAAGCCGCCAGUUCCGUCUAGUGGACGGUCGAGAACGGCUUCCAGGUAAAUUGGCCAGUUUAUAAGUAAUUUCUCUUUUUUGAAAAGAUCAUCGGAAAAAAUGAAAUGUUUUUCAGGCAUUCCAAACAAGCUUAUGACCCAUCUUCAAGCGUCCAAGAACAUCAAAGUGCUGCGAAUUCUCGCGCUCCGAGUCCAGUUGCUCAUCCAGAAGAACCGUGA